AUGAGCAGUGACACGGAAAUGGAAGUGUUUGGCAUGGCCGCUCCCUUCCUCCGCAAGUCGGAGAAGGAGAGGAUCGAGGCGCAGAACCAGCCCUUCGACGCCAAAACCUACUGCUUUGUGGUGGACGCGAAGGAAGAGUAUGCCAAGGGGAAAAUUAAGAGCACCCAGGACGGGAAGGUCACGGUGGAGACCGAGGACAACCGGACCCUGGUGGUCAAGCCGGAGGACGUGUAUGCCAUGAACCCACCCAAGUUCGACCGCAUCGAGGACAUGGCCAUGCUGACGCACCUGAACGAGCCGGCCGUGCUGUACAACCUCAAGGACCGCUACACCUCCUGGAUGAUCUACACCUAUUCCGGACUCUUCUGUGUCACCGUCAACCCCUACAAGUGGCUGCCGGUGUAUAACCCGGAGGUGGUGGAUGGCUACCGAGGCAAAAAGCGCCAGGAGGCCCCGCCCCACAUCUUCUCCAUCUCCGACAACGCCUAUCAGUUCAUGCUGACUGAUCGUGAAAACCAGUCCAUCCUGAUCACCGGAGAAUCCGGGGCAGGGAAGACUGUGAACACCAAGAGGGUCAUCCAGUACUUUGCAACAAUUGCAGCGACUGGCGACCUUGCCAAGAAGAAGGACUCCAAAAUGAAGGGGACUCUGGAAGACCAAAUCAUCAGUGCCAACCCGCUGCUGGAGGCUUUCGGGAACGCCAAGACCGUGAGGAACGACAACUCCUCCCGCUUUGGCAAGUUCAUCCGUAUCCAUUUCGGCACCACGGGAAAGCUGGCCUCCGCAGAUAUUGAAACUUAUCUGCUGGAGAAAUCAAGAGUUACUUUCCAGCUGAAGGCUGAGAGAAGCUACCACAUCUUCUACCAGAUUCUUUCCAACAAGAAGCCGGAGCUCAUAGAGCUGCUGCUGAUUACAACCAACCCUUACGACUACCCGUUCAUCAGCCAGGGCGAGAUCCUGGUGGCCAGCAUUGACGACGCAGAGGAGCUGCUGGCCACGGAUAGUGCCAUUGACAUCCUGGGCUUCACUGCAGAGGAGAAGUCUGGGCUCUACAAGCUCACGGGCGCUGUGAUGCACUAUGGGAACAUGAAGUUCAAGCAGAAGCAGCGGGAGGAGCAGGCAGAGCCCGAUGGCACCGAAGUGGCUGACAAGACUGCCUAUCUCAUGGGCCUGAACUCAUCCGACCUCCUGAAAGCCCUGUGCUUCCCCAGGGUGAAAGUGGGGAAUGAGUACGUGACCAAAGGUCAAACUGUGGAUCAGGUUCACCACGCGGUGAAUGCCCUUUCCAAGUCCGUUUAUGAAAAGUUGUUCCUGUGGAUGGUCACUCGCAUCAACCAGCAACUGGACACAAAGCUGCCAAGACAGCAUUUCAUUGGGGUUUUGGACAUCGCUGGCUUUGAGAUCUUCGAGUACAACAGCCUGGAGCAGCUGUGCAUCAACUUCACCAACGAGAAACUGCAACAGUUUUUCAACCACCACAUGUUCGUGCUGGAGCAGGAGGAGUACAAGAAGGAAGGCAUCGAGUGGGAGUUCAUUGACUUUGGGAUGGACCUGGCUGCCUGCAUCGAGCUCAUUGAGAAGCCCAUGGGCAUCUUCUCCAUCCUGGAAGAGGAGUGUAUGUUCCCCAAGGCCACAGACACCUCCUUCAAGAACAAGCUGUAUGAGCAGCAUCUUGGAAAGUCCAACAACUUCCAGAAGCCCAAGGUUACCAAGGGCAAGGUUGAGGCCCACUUCUCGUUGGUGCACUACGCGGGCACCGUGGACUACAACAUUGCCGGCUGGCUUGACAAGAACAAGGACCCCCUGAAUGAGACUGUGCUUGCCCUGUACCAGAAAUGUUCCCUGAAGACUCUCGCCUACCUCUUCUCCUAUGCAGCAGCAGCCGCUGAAGCAGAGGCUAAUGCUGCUGCUGGAAAGAAAGCUGCCAAGAAGAAGGGUUCUUCCUUUCAGACCGUGUCUGCUCUCUUCAGGGAAAAUUUGAAUAAGCUGAUGAGCAACCUGAGGAGCACACACCCCCACUUUGUGCGGUGCAUCAUCCCCAAUGAAACCAAAACUCCCGGGGCCAUGGAGCAUGAACUUGUCCUGCACCAGCUGAGGUGUAAUGGUGUGCUGGAAGGCAUUCGCAUCUGUAGGAAGGGAUUUCCAAGCAGAAUCAUUUAUGCAGACUUCAAACAGAGAUACAAGGUAUUAAAUGCAAGUGCUAUCCCUGAAGGACAAUUCAUUGACAGUAAGAAGGCUUCUGAGAAGCUUCUUGGGUCCAUUGACAUUGAUCACAAUCAAUAUAAAUUUGGUCACACCAAGGUCUUUUUCAAAGCUGGUCUUCUGGGGCUCCUAGAGGAGAUGCGAGAUGAAAAGCUGGCCCAGCUGAUUACCCGAACCCAGGCCAGGUGCAGAGGGUUCUUGGCAAGAGUGGAGUACCAGAAGAUGGUGGAGAGAAGAGAGUCCAUCUACUGUAUCCAGUACAAUGUCCGUGCCUUCAUGAAUGUGAAGCACUGGCCCUGGAUGAAGCUGUAUUUCAAGAUUAAGCCCCUCCUCAAGAGUGCCGAAACAGAGAAGGAGAUGGCCAACAUGAAGGAAGAGUUUGAGAAAACCAAAGAAAACCUUGCAAAGGCUGAGGCUAAGAGAAAAGAGCUGGAAGAAAAAAUGGUUGCUCUGAUGCAAGAGAAAAAUGAACUACAACUGCAGGUUCAAUCUGAAGCAGAUAGCUUAGCUGAUGCAGAGGAAAGGUGUGACCAGCUGAUCAAAACUAAAAUCCAGCUUGAAGCCAAAAUCAAAGAGGUGACUGAGAGAGCCGAGGAUGAGGAAGAGAUCAAUGCUGAGCUGACGGCCAAGAAGAGGAAACUGGAGGACGAAUGUUCAGAACUGAAGAAAGACAUUGAUGACCUUGAGCUGACACUGGCCAAGGUUGAAAAGGAGAAACAUGCCACAGAAAACAAGGUGAAAAACCUCACAGAAGAGAUGGCAGGUCUGGAUGAAACCAUAGCUAAACUGACCAAGGAGAAGAAGGCCCUCCAAGAGGCCCAUCAGCAGACGCUGGAUGACCUGCAGGCAGAAGAGGACAAAGUCAACACCCUGACCAAAGCUAAAACCAAGCUUGAACAACAAGUGGAUGAUCUUGAAGGAUCUUUGGAACAAGAAAAGAAAAUCCGGAUGGAUCUAGAAAGAGCAAAGAGGAAACUGGAGGGAGACCUAAAAUUGGCCCAAGAAUCCACAAUGGAUGUUGAAAAUGACAAACAGCAACUUGAUGAAAAACUUAAAAAAAAAGAGUUUGAAAUGAGCAAUCUGCAAAGCAAGAUUGAAGAUGAACAGGCCCUUGGGAUGCAGCUGCAGAAGAAGAUCAAGGAGUUACAGGCCCGCAUUGAGGAGUUGGAGGAGGAAAUCGAGGCAGAGAGGGCCUCUAGGGCCAAAGCAGAGAAGCAGCGCUCGGACCUCUCCCGGGAACUGGAGGAGAUCAGCGAGCGGCUGGAGGAAGCCGGUGGGGCAACAUCAGCCCAGAUUGAGAUGAACAAGAAGAGGGAGGCUGAGUUUCAGAAAAUGCGCAGGGACCUGGAGGAGGCCACCCUGCAGCACGAAGCCACAGCAGCCACCCUGAGGAAGAAGCACGCGGACAGUGUGGCCGAGCUCGGGGAGCAGAUCGACAACCUGCAGAGGGUCAAGCAGAAGCUGGAGAAGGAGAAGAGCGAGAUGAAGAUGGAGAUCGAUGACCUCUCUAGUAACAUGGAGAGUGUCUCCAAAGCCAAGGGAAAUCUUGAAAAGAUGUGCCGCACUCUAGAAGAUCAACUGAGUGAAAUUAAGACAAAGGAAGAAGAGCAGCAGCGGCUGAUCAACGACCUGACGGCUCAGAGAGCUCGCCUGCAAACGGAAUCAGGUGAAUAUUCUCGACAAUUAGAUGAGAAAGAUGCUUUAGUCUCUCAGCUUUCAAGGAGCAAACAAGUAUCUAGUCAGCAGAUUGAAGAUAUGAAACGUCAGCUAGAAGAAGAAACUAAAGCCAAGAACGCCCUGGCCCACGCCCUGCAGUCCUCCCGCCACGACUGUGACCUGCUGCGGGAACAGUAUGAGGAGGAGCAGGAGGCCAAGGCCGAGCUGCAGAGGGCGCUGUCCAAGGCCAACAGCGAGGUGGCCCAGUGGAGGACCAAGUACGAGACGGACGCCAUCCAGCGCACCGAGGAGCUGGAGGAGGCCAAGAAAAAGCUGGCCCAGAGGCUCCAGGAGGCGGAGGAGAACACGGAGGCGGUGAGCGCCAAGUGCGCGUCCCUGGAGAAGACCAAGCAGCGGCUCCAGGGCGAAGUGGACGACCUGAUGCUGGGCCUGGAGCGGGCCAACGCCGCCUGCGCCACCCUGGACAAGAAGCAGAGGAACUUUGACAAGGUCCUGGCAGAGUGGAAGCAGAAGCUGGAUGAGGGCCAAGCUGAGUUGGAAGCAGCUCAGAAGGAGUCCAGGUCCCUGAGCACCGAGAUCUUCAAGAUGCGAAACGCCUACGAGGAGGUGGUGGAUCAGCUGGAGACACUGAGGCGGGAGAAUAAGAAUCUGCAAGAGGAGAUUUCAGACCUAACCGAGCAAAUGGCGGAAACUGGCAAGCAUCUUCAGGAAGUGGAAAAGACCAAGAAGCAAGUGGAGCAGGAAAAGUUGGAGCUCCAGGCUGCCCUCGAGGAGGUGGAGGGCUCCUUGGAACAUGAAGAGAGCAAGAUUUUGCGUGUCCAGCUAGAGCUGAACCAGGUAAGAUCCGAGCUUGACCGAAAGGUCACGGAGAAGGAUGAAGAAAUCGAGCAGCUAAAGAGAAACAGCCAGCGGGCGGCAGAGGCCAUGCAGAGCAUGCUGGAUGCAGAGAUCCAGAGCCGGAACGAUGCCUUGAGGCUGAAGAAGAAGAUGGAGGGAGAUCUCAAUGAGAUGGAGAUCCAGCUGGGCCACUCCAACCGCCAGCUGGCAGAGACCCAGAAGCACCUGCGCACAGUCCAGGGCCAGCUCAAGGACUCCCAGCUGCAGCUGGACGACGCCCUGCGGAGCAAUGAGGACCUCAAGGAGCAGCUGGCCAUCACGGAGCGCAGAAGCGGCCUGCUGCUGGAGGAGCUGGAGGAGAUGAAGGUGGCCCUGGAGCAGACGGAGAGGACCCGCAGGCUGUCUGAGCAGGAGCUGCUGGACGCUAGCGACCGGGUGCAGCUGCUGCACUCCCAGAAUACAAGCCUGAUAAACAUCAAGAAGAAGCUGGAAGCUGACAUAGCCCAGUGCCAGGCAGAGGUGGAGAACGCUGUCCAGGAAUCCAGAAAUGCAGAGGAGAAGGCCAAGAAAGCCAUCACGGACGCGGCCAUGAUGGCCGAGGAGCUGAAGAAGGAGCAGGACACCAGUGCCCACCUGGAGCGGAUGAAGAAGAACCUGGAGCAGACGGUGAAGGACCUGCAGCACCGUCUGGAUGAGGCUGAGCAGCUGGCCCUGAAGGGCGGGAAGAAGCAGAUCCAGAAGCUGGAGAACCGGGUGAGGGAGUUGGAAAACGAGCUGGAUGCUGAGCAGAAAAGGGGAGCCGAAGCUCUGAAGGGGACUCACAAAUACGAGCGAAAAGUCAAGGAGAUGACUUACCAGGCCGAGGAGGACCGCAAGAACAUCCUGAGGCUCCAGGACCUGGUGGACAAGCUGCAGGCCAAAGUGAAGGCGUACAAGAGGCAGGCCGAGGAGGCCGAGGAGCAGGCCAACACACAGCUGUCCAGAUGCCGGAGGGCCCAGCACGAGCUGGAGGAGGCCGAGGAGCGGGCAGACAUCGCCGAGUCCCAGGUCAACAAACUGAGGGCCAAGAGCCGAGAUGUUGGGGGCCAGAAGAUGGAAGAAUGA